CUGGUUUUACCACGGUGAAGUGAGGAUGGAGCGCACUCCACGCACGCACAUGUACACAAAAGGUGACGUCAGGACGCUUCAUCCGGUGUUUGUUUACGCGCGGUCUCCGGUGUGUACGAGAUGGAAACAUGGCAAUGAAAAUUAACCAAAACGAUGUCCAGAUGCCACAACAAGAAGAGGGGGAGAAAGAAGAAGACCGGUCGAUGUCUAGAUCUGACAGAUCAGUGCAGGUGAAGAGGAAAAGUAGUGGCAGUGGAGAUGAUUCUCUGGGCAGUCUUCCGAAACACCCCCGCUGCCCUCUGACCCCCUCACUGUCUCCACGGAAACGGACCACCAGCCAGAGCAAGACUGAGCCACCUCUCUUGAGGACCAACAAGAGGACAAUCUACACUGCAGGAAGGCCCCCCUGGUACAAUGUCACUGGGACCACCUUCAAAGAGGCUUUCGUUAUUGGCCUCUGUGGAGGAAGUGCUUCUGGAAAGACCACGGUGGCCAAUAAGAUCAUCGAGGCUCUAGAUGUUCCCUGGGUGGUCCUCCUCUCCAUGGACUCUUUCUAUAAGGUUUUGACCAAAGAUGAGCAGGAGCUGGCAGCUAAGAAUGAGUAUAACUUUGAUCACCCAGAGGCCUUUGACUUUGAGUUGCUGGUGACUGUUCUGAGGAAGCUGAAGAAGGGCAAGAGCAUCAAAGUACCCGUCUAUGACUUCACUUCUCACUGCCGCCGCAAGGAGUGGAAAACUGUCUACGGUGCCAAUGUUGUCAUAUUUGAGGGGAUUCUGGCGUUUGCCAACAAGGAGCUUUUGAAGCUGCUGGACAUGAAGGUGUUUGUGGACACCGACUCGGACAUCCGUCUGGUCAGGCGUCUGAAGAGGGACAUAUCGGACCGCGGCCGGGACAUCAACGGGGUCAUCAAGCAGUACAACAAGUUUGUCAAGCCGUCCUUUGAGCAGUACAUCGAACCCACCGUGCAGGUGGCGGAUAUUGUGGUCCCCAGGGGGGGCGAGAACUUUGUUGCCUUGGAUCUGAUUGUGCAGCAUGUUCACAGUCAGCUUGAAAAGAGGAAGCUCCGCUGGGAUAUGUCUGCUCUGGCCUCCGCCCACCAGGGACAGCCCCUACCCAAGACCCUCAGCGUCUUGGAGAGCACCCCACAGGUCCGCGGCAUGCACACCAUCAUCAGGAAUAAGGACACUAAUCGUGAUGAGUUCAUCUUCUACUCUAAGAGGUUAAUGAGGCUCCUGAUAGAACAUGCCCUCUCCUUUCUGCCCCUCAAGCCUGUGCAAGUGGAGACUCCCCAAGGUUCCAUCUAUGAAGGGAAGAGACUCAGUGGUAAAAGGAUCACAGGUGUGUCCAUACUGAGAGCAGGGGAGACCAUGGAGCAGGCGCUGAUGCAUGUGUGUAAAGACAUUAGGCUGGGGAAGAUCCUCAUCCAGACCAACCAUGACACUGGAGAGCCUGAGCUCCACUACCUGCGUCUGCCUAAGGACAUCAGUGAGGACUAUGUCAUCUUGAUGGACAGCACUGUGUCCACUGGGGCUGCUGCUCUCAUGGCCGUCCGAGUGCUGCUGGACCAUGAUGUCCAGGAGGAUAAAAUCUUCCUGUUGUCUCUACUGAUGGCUGAGAUGGGCGUCCACUCUGUGGCCUACGCCUUCCCUAAGGUCCGCAUUAUCACCACCGCCGUCGAUAAGAAGGUCAACAACGAGUUUCACAUCAUCCCUGGCAUUGGUAAUUUCGGGGACCGUUACUUUGGGACGGACACUCCCUCGGACUGGACCGAGAGUGAUUAAAGGAUGGACUACUGAGCUGAAGUUUUGCUGAGGGGGAAGUAGGGGGGGGGGGGGGAUAUCACACAAGCACUUAGCCAUGCCAGCCAACCACUGAUCAGCUCCUAAGAGCUAAAUAUUCCCCCUCAGUCAGCGCCCCUCUGCUGCUUAUCAUUUCAUGAUGUCCUGGGCACUGCCCCUGUGCCAACUCUACCCUCUCUGAUCAGGGUGAAAGGUCAUAAGGCUACCUACCCUCCUGAGGAGGAAAUGUGAUAUUAGCCUAGCUUUGCUAGCGAUGCCCAUUAGCCCAUACAUAUCUAUCUAUCCACUGAUAAAAAAAAUACUUGAUUUGUGAUUUUGCUUGUUUGAUUUUUGUUGACGCAGCAGGACCUGUAAAGUUGGAGAAAGAAUCAAGAGAAAUAAAAAGCCUCUUUUGGGUUGAAGGAUGACCAUUUUCUAGUCCUUUUGAUGUUUUCCUGUUGAGUUGACCCAUAGAAAUAGUUAAGAUGACAAAUCACACCACAGUAUGAAAUCAGGGAAGAUGAGAGUAGGACAGUCUGUGGCUGUUAGUGCCAGAUCUCAGCUGUGCUUGAAUAACGUGUGAAUAUAAUGGUGAUGACCAUUGUUAUGCGCAGGGAGACUUUGUAUUAUAACUGAGAGGAGCAAGUUACAGACUGAGGGUACAAUGGACCAGGUAGGUAGUGAAAAUAUAAGGUCAUAUAGCUCAUGGGUAGCUUUUAGCUCAACAUUGCCUUAGUAUUACUUAAUAUACAUCUAUGGACAUUAUGGACUGUCCUCUCUGGAGAUUGUGUGCUGUUGCCUUAGCUGUGACAAAAGUCUCGUGCAAAAAAAGUACUUUUUUUUUAUGGUUUAAGAUGAUUGGCUUUUUUUUAACAUUAUUUAGUACUUGAGGCUGUUUUUAUUAUAAGGAUUUUAUUCAGUUUCCUCUCACAUAUAUGAUAGGUUGGUUGAUGCAGAUUUUUUUUUUUAAACUUUGCAGCCAUUUCUCUGGGUAAUAAAUAAAAUGUUAUCGCAUGCUUCAUAAACAACAGGUGUAGACUAACAGCUUACUUACAGGCCCUUCCCAACAAUGAAGAGAAAAAAAAUAAUAGAAAAGUAAUAAUAAGUACACAAUGAGUAACGAUAACAUGGCUAUGUACACAGGGUACCAGUACCGAGUCGAAGUGCAGGGGUACGAGGCAAUUGAGGUAGAUAUGUACAUAUAACUAGGAAUAAAGUGACUAGGCAACAAGAUAGAUAAUAAAUGUGAUGAAUCAAAGUUGGUGCAAAAACGGUCAAUGCAGAUAGUCAGUUUAAUUAUUUUGUUAACGAUUUGAACUACUUAGCACUAUUUAUACUUGAAUAUUUUUCCUGUGUAAAUUAUUUCCUUGUGUAUUUAAUGUUUUCUCGUUUAAAUUGAUACCCCUGAUUAGUUCACAAAGGCCGUACAAUGUAUGUUGUAGUAUAAUUAAGAACUUACAGCAGGAGAGGUGGCUCUGACUGUAAAACUACUCAAAUGAAACCAUCAUGGAUCAUCUGUAUCUUGUUUUAAUAGGCUGACCAGCUUGGCCAUGUACAUAUUUUGUUUUCUGGCCUUCAUAGUUACAGGAUUGCAAGACAGAACCUUGAGGAUUCUGUGGCUUUGAGUGUUUAAAUAUAGUGUCUAAAAAAAAGAGGAUACCCAAGAUAUCCUCAGGCAUUUCUUUGCCAAAACUAUGCAUAUGCAUAUUGUUAGCUAAGAGACAUUUGGAUGGUAAGCAUAGUGUUACAUAUUUGUCCAGUUGUGUGUAUAUAUAAUAAACACAUCUAUCUAUUUCCCUUAGGGAGAGUGUUUGUCUUUGCUGGGUCUCCAUGUGUCAAAUAAGGCUUCUCUAUAGGGCAUCAGCUUUAGCUAUAUUCUUUACCUCACCUGCAUUUCUGUUUUGUAUAGCUUGAACUGUCCAUGGGUGUCUGCUUACUACUGUAUAUCUGAUUGUGUGGUUGACACAGCUUGGUUACAUGUAUAUGCUCAACAAUGUUCCAUGAAUCUAGAUUUUUUUUUUGUGUUCCUUUUGUGGAUUAGACCUUUUUUUUAAAGCAUGAUGUAAGGACAAGGCUUUUUUGUUGGUGUGUGUGUUCCCUUAUCAAAAAGGAAUCUUCACACACAAAUCACUGCAAUAUUUCAUGCUAUCAUUUCAUGUCCAAGAAACAAUAAAAUAAUGCGAACUGAA